UUCCCCUUCGUUUCUCUCUCUCGAUCUCCAUUUGGAGGAGGCAUUACAUAGAUCUCAUACGCGCCAUUGAUCAAUUGUGAAACUAAGAUUCCUUGAUUGCAUCUGUUUGAUUGGAAAUGUGAAGUUUUGUGAAUUUUACCUUCUUUGUUUCAAGAUUUGAAUUGUUUCAGCCCAUUUCAAACUAGGGUUUGCUUUUUGAGCCUAUGAUUUGGUCGUCAUCAGAGGGAUCUCGUAGUGCCCUCUUGGGCUCUUUAUGAUGGUUUGGGGAUCCUUCUUUGAGAAGUUCUUCUAUCGGGUGGGGAUCGGGACAGAGAUAUUCGUCAGAAAUGGAAAGUGACAAGGAGACGGUUUCCGAGAGAGGUGAAGCUUCUACUUCAGUGGCUGCUCAUCAAGGGAGUUGCAAUAAUGCUCAGAGACGACGGCCACUGAAUGGGAGGACCACUGGUCCGACACGCCGCUCAACCAAAGGCCAGUGGACACCUGAAGAGGAUGCCAUACUGUGCAAUGCUGUUCAGCGUUUCAACGGCAAAAACUGGAAAAAGAUAGCUGAAUGUUUCCUCGAUAGGACGGAUGUUCAAUGCUUGCACAGGUGGCAGAAGGUUUUAAAUCCUGAACUUGUGAAGGGACCUUGGUCAAAACAGGAAGAUGAGAUAAUUAUUCAAAUGGUGAAAAAAUAUGGUCCUAAGAAGUGGUCAACAAUAUCACAGGCAUUACCAGGACGCAUUGGAAAGCAAUGCCGAGAAAGGUGGCACAAUCAUCUUAACCCCGCAAUAAACAAGGAGGCAUGGACUCAAGAUGAGGAGAUAGCACUGAUUCAUGCUCAUCAAAUAUAUGGAAAUAAGUGGGCUGAGUUGACCAAGUUUUUACCAGGAAGGACGGACAAUGCAAUUAAAAAUCACUGGAACAGUUCUGUGAAGAAGAAGUUGGACUCCUAUUCAGCGUCGGGUUUACUUUCACAAUUUCAGGGCUUAUCUCAUAUAGAAAAUCCUUCCCACCAUAUCCCCACAUCUUCUGUAACUAGACAAAACAGUGAAGAUAGUGGCUAUAAAUUCAGGCAAGAAAUUGAAGAUUUGUCCGAGUGUAGUCAAGCCUCGUCUGCCUUAGUUCCUCGCUCUCAAUCCAGUUGUGAAUUGAGUAAUGCAGAUCCAAUUUGUGAUGAUUUGGAAGUAAAGCCUAUACAUAAUGAUUUUGAAGUGCAAGAUUAUGAUUUCUCAUUCUGUCCCCAAGAGUAUCAGAAUUCAAUUGAGGAAAUCACACGUGAAUUACCCAAUGUACCACAUGAACGUUCUGCAUUGGAAGAGGCUCGAGAUGUAGAUAAUGAGGUUGAAGUUUCUCAAAGAAUUAAUACCCAUAUGGCCUUACAACAAAUGCCUGAUGAUAGCUUAGUAGAAGAUACCAAAAAGUACCUGGAAUAUAAUGGAACAUCCAGCAAUUUCUACAUUGAAAAUGAGGAACUCAGAGGACCAAAAGUGCCGGCUUCUGUCACUAGCAGUGAUCAUAGUUUUCCGUCAGACUUUUGCCAAGAUAAUUCCCUACAGUAUACUAUUAGUACACCAGAUAUGACAAAUAGUGGUCAUCUCUCAGGUAUAAGUUGCCAACAUGAUGCAUAUUCUUUUGAACCUCAUAGAAAUUUUGGUUCUUACACAUCCCCCUUAUACCAUGUUUCAUCAUCUAGUAUGCUAGACUCAUCAUAUUACCAGAGUUUGACGACUGUAGUUCAUCCCUCUUUUAUUUGCCCAAAUGAUGGUAAAUCGACAGGGAAGAGUGAUGAAACUGAGAGAAAUCAUAUUUUUCCAGAGACCAACAAUUUAGUGCAAAUUACAUGUCCUGAUGAUGGAGUUCUUAAGGAAAUUGAUGCACUAUCAGAUGGAAAGCAAAUGGUGGUAAAUGAGGAACAAAAGGAUAAUGGAGCACUAUUCUAUGAACCGCCCCGAUUUCCGAGCUUGGAUAUUCCAUUUGUCAGCUGCGAUCUCAUAUCAUCAUCAGACGAUCUCCAGCAGGAUUUUAGUCCGCUUGGAAUUCGACAACUGAUGAGGUCAUCAAUGAACUUCUCUAAUCCAUUCAGCUUCUCGGAUUCGCCAUCUCAUGAUGAGAGUCCAGAUUUUGUACUCAAGAGUGCUGCUAAAAGCUUCAUAUGCACCCCUUCGAUUAUGAAGAAAAGGCAGCGCGAAUUGUUAUCUCCUUCGAAUGAUCAUAGAGCGGAUAAAAAGACUGGGAUUACUGUGGAUUGUGAAUUGUUUGCUAUAUCCUCGAGUAUAUCCUUGACAGCCCAGUUUGCAGAUUCAUGUAUUGGUGAUGCAAAAGCUGAAAAUUUUGCUUGUGGAUCUUCGUCAAAUUGUGAGAGAAUGAAAGAAGAAGUUUCUGCUGAAAGAAUGGAAGAUUUAUGCAAUGCAUCUGGAUACAGAAAAGAUAAAGAUGUUUCCGAGGAUGAGAAGAUUACUGUUGAAGAACCUAGUUCGAUUAGGUCUGAAACUAUGGCGAGACAAGAUAUGUCUACAUCUGCUUCAGCUUGGAAAAUUGAUUCAAAUUCUACAGAAGAGGAACAGCAUGCUGGAAUUCUCGUUGAAUAUAACGUUAAUGACCUCUUAAUGUUUUCUCCUGAAAGUGGUUCAUAUCCUGGGUAUUCAAAAACCGGUGCAAAGUAUUCAAAACAUCAAUUCAGACCCUUGGACUUUACAUCAGACAAAUGCUGCUCCACCUCCCAGUUGAACUUCAUUUCUGUCCUUUCUCCUAGUGUUGGUAAAUGGGAAGGCCAGCCUCCAUUACCUGCUACUUCUAUACAAUCUAUACAACCAACAGAGGUUAAAGUUGAGAACUUUGGCUCAUCAAUUGAUGUAGAUUUUGAGAAUCUAAACAUACUUGCUGACACCCCAAGCAUCAAACGAGGAAUAGAAUCUCCUUCUGCCUGGAAGUCACCUUGGUUCAUGAACUCAGUACUCCUUGCACCAAGAAUUGAGACAGACAUGACAUAUCAGGAUAUUGGGUACUUGAUGAGUCCUGGAGGAGAUGGAACCUAUGAUGCCAUCGGGCUGAUGAGGCAGUUGAGCGAGCACACUGCUGCAGCUGUGGCUGAAGCCCAUGAGGUGUUGGCUAGUGGAAGCCCCAGGAUUGGUCUUGAGGAAAGGAAAUCAGACAAGAAAAUUUUCCCGAAAGAGAAAGACCAGUCGAUGAAGGCAGAGGCCCGAGUUCUAGAUUUUAGUGGAUGCGCCAUGCCAGCCAGAACUGAAACAAAGAAAAUAGGUAUUGCAGGGACAUCGGUGAGCCUUUCCAGCCCGUCCUCCUACCUUCUCAAGAGUUGCCGGUAGAUAACGGUAGCAUACUAAAAAAUCUGUUAAUAUCUAAUCUAUAAUUUUAAUCAUUAUUAUGUAUAUGCCCCCUUCAGUAAGUGCAUUUGAUUCUUUUCUCUUCUUUUUUUUUUUCCCCUGCAUUUGAUUCUCAUUGUGUUGCAGUAUACAGCAUAUUGUAAAGGGGCUCUGAUGGAAACCUCCAUUCAGAUAACAUCAGAUUGUACUCCUGUGCUCCUUGAUUUGUAUGAUAUUUAAUAAUUGUUAGUUCUA